GAACCAGGAACAGACAACAUAAACAACAGAGGAGGAACACAUGUGCAAAGGAAAUUAGGCGGCAAGGACUGGAGGCACUCUAGCUGCACCCAGCGAGCCGUCAUGGACGACCCUUCAACCACCCGAUCCUUCCCCCACCUCCACCCCCAUCGCCGCCGUCCACCCUUCCGCCUCACCCCGCCCAGCCUUCCAAGCCCUGAACUGGGUUACCCGUCCUCUCAGCCGGCCCUGGACCCUCAGGAGCAAUAUGGAAAUAGAGGGGAAGAAUCCGCAAACUCCUUCCCAACUUCAAGCACCACCCCCGGGGGAAGGAGGGAGAGAAGCUUCCCAAACACAAGCGGUAGCUGUUUGGACGAAGAUGCCAACUUGGGAGGCCAUCUUUCUGACACGUGGUAUGGCGGGAGCAAAAAAGAGGACGUUUGGGACGACGUGGAGGAUUGCGAAAGCGCCGCAGACGCUUCUUAUAGAAGAGGUGAUCGCUACAGUCACGCAGAUGAUGUUUUUUACCCCGUCAAUUGUGGCAGCGAGGAGGGAGCCAGGCGUAAACUCAGAGAGAACUACAAUAACUCUGCCCAUGCCGGCUGUGAAGGCGAUGCAGUUUACAGGGAGGCUGACGUGAGCCACUUUAUUAUGCAAACUACUUCCUACACCAGAACUGCGGCGGGGAGCUUCAGUGACCACCGUGUGGAUUAUUCAAGAGCGAGUGAUCAUUAUGUCGGAAGAGAAGAAGACUACGGGUCCAGCUGUGGCUCAGGUGAGGACCAGCUUCAACCGGCAGAGGUGGAGGGACCCUGGCUCGGGGCCUCUCCCUCGAGCCAGCCCGGAGAGGGCCGGUGGAGGGGAGCAGCAGGCGGCAUGGGGUCUGCCUCAGGGUGCCGACCACAGAGAUCGCCUCUCGGCGGGACGUACACUCAGAAAUUGGACUCCUUCUCUGAAGCUUUCCCCCGAAAGAGAAGAUUCCCGGUGAUUCCCGGUGGAAAUGCUUCGGGGCAGAUCGGGGACAGCUGCGCUUUUGAUUCAGACUCCUACCUGCCUCCCUCCUCCUCUUCUUCCCCAGCCACUCACCCCUCUCUUCUGUCCUUCCCGUCUCCCCCCACGUCGUGCCGCAUCACGUCUUCAGUUCUUAGCCCUCCUCCCACGCCUCUACCUCCUCUCAACUCACCCUCCAAAGUGGACUCUCCCAUUGCCUUUGGGGUCACCGGACAUUCAGUGUCCCAGGGGGGUGAGUCGCUCGGCGCGCUCCGGUUUCUCGCUUCGCACCUUCAGUCUCUCCCGUCUGUCCAUUCCCCUGGGAUGCUAUGGAGGUUUCCCCCACUGACACGCAGGUUCCAACAGUCGCCAGGCGACCCCGGCGUCAUGGAGGGCGACCUGAGACCUUCUCAUGGCGCCGACUACGGCAACAUCACAGCCUCCCACAUUCAGUCUCCAGAAGCGGCGUUCCUCUCUCCUACAUCCCAUCCUUCAUCCCUCCAUCCAUACAGAACACUCUGUCCCUCCAGCACUCCAUCCCUUCAUCCAUCCUUCCAUCUCCCCUCUCGUCCAUCUCACUUUUCCAGCCAACAUUAUGAGGACGCAGACAAGAUAGCCACACACAUGGCUACCCAGAAUGCAAAGAAUGGACAGACCGACCUGAACCAAUCACAGCUGCAGCAACAAGCCACUCCAAUCUACACUGGAACUCCAUUUCCCAGUGUCCUUCACUCCAGCAGAGGCCAGAAGAGGCUUCGGUACACUCCUCAGCCGCUCCUCAAUCCCGUUCGUAGGGGGUCGGGUCUCUACUCCUCCAUAUCAUCUCCCAACCACAGAGAAGAGGAAGAUGAGUGUGUUGUGUUACCGUAUGUCAAUGUGGGUCAUGAUUUCCAGGCAGAGCUUCCUCCAUGCUUUGUGGAUGUCGAAGAGUCGAGGGUGUGCUCACCAGAGGAGGAAUCUCCUCGGGGACAGUUGCUCUGGAAACCGUGGGACAAGCUGGAGGAGGCUGUCAACCAACAACACCAAGUGGAGCUGCUGAUGUCCAUGUGUAGUUCCAGCUGCAUGCCAGGAGGGGGCAGUAACGCAGAGCUGACUCUGCACUGUCUUCACUCCUCUCAGGGGAACACGAUGGCCACACUGGACAUGCUGCUGUUCUCACAGCGCUCGCCAACAGGAGACUACCACUACUCUGGUAGUGAUUGUUGGACAGACAGUGAAAAGAGUCUCUUCAGUACAUCUCUGGGAACUUAUGGAAAGGCCUUUUCCCUCAUACAGAAAACGGUGAGGACUAAGACCGUGUGCCAGUGUGUUGAGUUUUACUACCUGAGCAAAAAGCUCCAGGACAAACAGAAGAAACAGAAGGAGGAGGAGAACAGAGACACAUUGGUGGAGCAGCAGAAGAAUACGACGCCCGUCUUCCAGCCAAUGGACAGACAGUAUGGCCUGGAGGAGGCAGUUCCUGUGCAAUCGUUAGCCAGCUUUUUCCCCUGCAAGCUGUGUGGCAAGAUGUUCUACAAAAUCAAGUCCCGUAACGCUCACAUGAAGAUCCACCGCCACCCUCAGGAGGAUUGGACCGACCGGCGGCUGCAGCACCAGCUCCCCACCCAGCGUCUGGCUCUAACUCGUCCCACCAACCCCGUGCCCUCCCCGGGCAGUAACCUGCUCCCGACCCAAGCAGCCGCUCUGAGCUUUCCCUCUUCCGGCCUCACUGGAAGAACAAGCAACAACAAAAAUGCAGACAAUGUCCUCAAUAUUGUAACCAAUAGCAACGCCAUCAUUCCCAAUGUCAGUGUCCUAGAUCCCAGCGCUGUGGUAACAUAUAGCAACAUCUCUGCUUCAAACUGUCGUGUAAUCACCAAUAUCCAUGGCGGUGACUCAAGAGAGCCCACGGCUGUCUUACCUCGACACCAACCAUGGGGCUCAUAUGGACAUGACCCCGACCCCACUAUCUUCUACUGCCACACAGAAGGGAAAGACACUGUCGGAGCUGGAACAGUGGAGGGAAAAGGGACAAUCAACUGGCACUAGUGUUUAACUCUCCCAAAAGCAUUACCACCACUGAGACUGACCACAUGUGUGUUUAUUUUUUUCUCAACCUACAUUUUUACUCAGACUUCAGUACUUUUUCAAAUAUUUCAAGGAAACAUUAUCACAAUGUGUGAUGUGUGUAUGUUUGGUUGUAAAUUGUGUAUUUCGAUGUUUUGUUAUGCAUUUGACAUUUUAAUAAAAUAUGUAAACUCA